AAAAAAAAACAUAAAACAAAGAAAAGGAGAAGACAGAUUAGCGUCUUUUUUGGCAAAAGUUUUUGCUAUAUCCAUACCACUUCGGAUCCUUCCUUCAAAGCCACCUGUUUUCUAAAAUCUCCCCAUAUUUUCAAAUUUCUUCUGGUUUUUAACUUGCCGUUUGCUUCCUUUCUACCUGUCGUUUUUCAAAAUUUCCUCCGUUCACACUUACCAAAACCUGAUCGAUCGCAUAUCAAUCUUCAUUCACUUCUCGAUUCCAAUUCCGAUUCUCAAGAACUCCGGCUAAUAGAAUCUGCGAUGUUCAUUUCGUCUAAUUUCGUUUCGGCGGAUGAGGAAACCGUCGUCUUCGUGGCUUUUACUUUGUGAUAGAUUCUGAUUUUUAUAUUUUGGUGCUUGAAUGGGCGACCUUCAAGCUUCGUCACCUGAGUUAAACGGCGCGGUCUUAGAGGAAAGGCCACCGCCGCUUUCUCUGUCAAACCAAGCAGGCAUUAGUGCCGAGUCCUGGCAAAGAGCCGAAGCCGUGACGCAGGGGAUAAUAGCCCAGGUUCAGCCAUCCUUUGUCUCCGAGGAGAGGAGGAAAGCGGUUAUUGAUUAUGUGCAGAGGCUAAUUAGGAAUUCUGUUGGCUGUGAGGUAUUUCCAUUUGGAUCGGUUCCACUGAAAACCUAUCUUCCUGAUGGAGAUAUUGAUUUGACAGCAUUUGGUGGUAUGAAUAGUGAGGAAACACUGGCCAAUGAUGUCUGCUCUGUCCUUGAAAGGGAAGAUCAGAACAGGACUGCUGAGUUUGUCGUGAAGGAUGUUCAGUUAAUCAGAGCAGAGGUUAAGCUUGUAAAGUGUCUGGUACAGAACAUUGUAGUAGAUAUCUCCUUCAAUCAGUUAGGAGGGCUUUGUACGUUAUGCUUUCUUGAGCAGGUUGAUCGCCUAAUUGGCAAAAACCAUCUUUUCAAAUGCAGUAUUAUACUGAUUAAGGCUUGGUGCUACUAUGAGAGCCGUAUUCUUGGUGCUCAUCAUGGCUUGAUAUCUACCUAUGCUUUGGAGACUUUGGUUCUAUAUAUAUUCCAUCUCUUCCAUUCAUCGUUAAAUGGUCCUUUGGCUGUUCUCUAUAAAUUUUUAGACUACUUCAGUAAAUUUGAUUGGGACAACUACUGCAUCAGUUUGAAUGGUCCAAUCCGAAUAUCUUCACUGCCAGAAGUUGUGGUUGAGGCACCUGAAAAUGGAGGAUUUGAUCUAUUGCUUAGUAAUGAUUUUCUCAAGGGAUGUGUGGAAAUGUUCUCAGUUCCUGCAAGAGCGUACGAGACAAACUCACGAACAUUUCCCCCAAAGCAUCUUAAUAUAGUUGAUCCAUUGAAAGAAAAUAACAACCUUGGUCGGAGCGUAAGCAAAGGAAACUUUUACCGAAUAAAGAGUGCUUUCACAUAUGGGGCUCGAAAGCUUGGUCGCAUCCUUUCUCAGCCAGAAGAAAGCAUAACCGAGGAACUUUCUAAAUUUUUUUCGAACACUUUAGAUAGACAUGGAAGUGGACAGAGACCUGAUGUUCAAGAUCCUGCAACUUCAGAUGGACAGCAUGGGUUUACUGGCAGACCGACAUUUCCAGGUGCAGAGUCAUAUGAAGACAAUCAUACAAUUUGUGAAUCAGAAUCUUCUAAUUCAAGUGGCAUAACUGGAGAAUGUAGAUUGAAUCAUGAGCAACCUUUGCAUCCGGGCAAUGUUAAGGUAUCAGGUAAGAAAACAAAUUUUAGUGGAACAAUUAAUGAAGUGCAAAAUUCUGCAAAUGGGCCUGCUGUUUCAGAAAAUCGUCUUUCUGGUGAUGCAAAAGACCUUGCUACUUCCAUACUGCAAAGUCUCUCAAUUGCAAAUGAUGCUAGUAAAUCUUCCGCUCCAAGUGCUGAAGAGAAUGAAUCUCCAAUGGGCAAAGCGCAUCAUGCACCCCAUCUCUAUUUUUCUUCCUCAGUCAUGGGAAAUGGGGAAAUGAGAAAUGGGAAUCCAGAAUGGAAACAUCAAGAAAGUUCUGGCUUUAUGGUGAAGAGAGUGCCUUCUGGGAUUAUGCUAGCUCCCACUGAGGAUAUGAUCCAUUCUGUCUGUAAUGACACAGAUGACAAGCAUUUGGUUACUAAACCUGAGGUUCUAUCCCCAGCGGGUUCAACAUAUCAUCCAUUACUCUUCAGUUCAGUGGCUUGGUCCUCUGAAGAUCUUUAUCCUAGCCAUUCCAACAAUCGUGCCUCUGCUAGUACUGCUGGAAAUCCUGAAGGCUUCAAGUCCUUGUCAGAUCUUAGUGGGGAUUAUGAGAGUCACCUAAACAGUUUGCAACAUGGUCGAUUGUGGUAUGAGUACGCAUUUACUACAUCCCUUCCUUCUGUGUCUCCACAGCUGCAUACUCAGUUCCAGAGCAAGAAUUCAUGGGAUGUAAUAAGACGGUCGGUGCAGUUUAGGCAGGAUGUGUUCUCCCAGAUGAAUGUCAAUGGUGUUGUCCCAAGACCAGUUUUCUACCCCAUUAACCCACCUAUGCUGCCUGGUGGAGCCUUUGGUAUGGAAGAAAUGCCAAAGCCACGAGGAACAGGGACAUAUUUUCCCAACACGAACCAUUACAGGGAUAGGACUUUGACAGCUAGGGGUAGGAGUCAAGCACCAGCAAGGUCUCCUCGAUCCAAUGGUCGCACUUCCCAGGAGAAAAAUUUGCCAGAAAGAAACUGCCGAGACCGUGAGCUGUCACAAGCACAGUUUCACAUCCACCUAAGUGGUGGAAAGUUCAGAUCUUCAGAUCUUUGCUACACUGGUUCUCCUGAAAACAAACAUUGUUCCAGUGUAAAUGGUUCAAUGCAUCUGUCAGAGAGCAUGGUAGAAUUUGGGUCAUUUGGGCAUCCACCACAUGGUGUCUCCGCAACAGAAGGUGGUAGGCAUCCAAACCCAGGUUCUGCACCAGCUCACAACUCUAGUGUGAGCCAAGCAAUACCAGGGAUGCAAGGGCCAAAACCUGUUUUGGCCAUGGAUCAAGAUAGGAUUGGGAUACAAUCAUACCAAUUGAAAGAUGAAGGUGAUUUUCCCCCUUUAUCUGACUCCAGCGGGAAGGGAUUGUCUAUCUGUAUGGUUAAGAAGCUUGAAAGAUCAGUGCAGUAAAUUCUAACAAACCAGCCUGUGCCAGGUUUUUUCUGCCACUAUGGCUCCUUGACAACCACCUUGAUGAUCUGUUCAUGUAGUCCUUUGUUUUGCUUAUGGUUUGAGUGCCUUUUGUACAUUCUACUAAUGAUUACUUAGCUAUCUUUGUUUCUGUAUAGGAUUUUUGAGUUAUGAUUUUGGCUCAUGUUUUGUUGUCACUGUCAUCCCUUGUAGGUAUAAGGUAUAGAUACAAAUAUAGUUGUUGCUCAUCUCUGAUGUAACUUAAAUUGGAAAAUAAUGUUAUUUUGCCGCUGUAAUGAGAGAACCAUUGCCAAA